AUGGCUCUCGAAUCUCUGCCAUUAUCGGUGUCGUCUGCUAAGUCUUCAUCAGAUGAUGAGAACAAGAAGCAGGAGGCAUUUUCUUUCCCUAAAUUUGUUGUCAUGGGUCACAGAGGAUUUGGAAUGAACAUGCUUCAAUCUCCCGACGAGAAAAUGAAAUCAAUCAGAGAAAAUUCUAUCCUUUCUUUCAAUGUUGCUGCAGAUUUCCCCAUUGACUUCAUUGAGUUUGAUGUCCAGGUAACAAGAGAUGGUUGUCCUGUAAUUUUCCAUGAUAUCUUCAUGUUCACGCAAGAACAGGGAGUCAUCACUGAGAGAAGAGUAACGGAAAUGACUUUACAUGAGCUUCUCUCAUAUGGACCACAAAAGGAUGGUACAAAUGUGAAGCCUAUGUUCAGGAAGCUAAAAGAUGGUAGAAUCUUCGAAUGGAAAGUCGUGAAGGAUGAUCCUUUGUGCACCCUUGAAGAUGCCUUUGUAAAUGUUAAACGCUCACUAGGAUUCAAUAUCGAGUUAAAGUUCGAUGAUCAUCUUGUGUAUGGAGAAGAAGAGUUACGUCAAAUUCUUGAGAACAUCUUGAAGGUUGUAGAUGAGCAUGGCAAGAACAGGCCAAUAAUCGUUUCGAGCUUUCAUCCUGAUGUGGCUCGACUGAUCAGGGAUAUGCAAAGAAGUCAUCCUGUAUUCUUCUUAACAAAUGGAGGAAGUGAAAUCUAUAAGGACGUGAGAAGAAACUCAUUAGAAGAGGCCAUCAAGCUUUGCAAAGAAUGUGGUUUGCAAGGGAUUGUUUCUGAGGUUAAGGCCAUAUUAAGAACCCCAAACGCAAUCACACGAGUUAAAGAUUCAAACCUUUCACUUAUAUCCUAUGGCCAGCUUAACAAUGUCGUGGAGGUGGUUUACUUACAAUAUCUUAUGGGAGUGGAGGGAGUGAUCGUUGACAUGGUUAUGGAGAUCACUGAAGCCAUUGCCAAUAUCGAGGUUAGGAACGAGGGAAAUGAGGAAGAAAACGAUGAAAGAAAGUGUGUGAUUAUGUUUGGAGAGGAGAGGAAAAAGGCGAAGAUUUCAAAGGAUGAGAUCUCUUUGUUAACAAAGUUCGUACCAAAACUGCUUCAGCAAUGA